CACCACAGUUUUAUUAAGUAAAAAAAAGUCUCAGACAUUUCCUGAGAACUACUAGAUGUACAGAGUCCAGAGAGCAGACUCUGUACAUCUAGUAGUUCUCAGGAAAUGUCUGAGUUGCAUUAGCCAACCUGUUCCAUGGAAUAGGGGAGUGGCUGAGCAUGCAGUGGAAUAUAAAUUUGGGAAGUGAGGUGAGAAUGACAUUAAACAUCUCUGCGUUGGUGGUGAGAAAUCACUUGAUACCAGAAGCGAAAUACAUUUUAACGGUCAGACAAUGGAGGCACUGGCAGCAGCAAACGCAAACUUCUCUCUUGAACUUUUCAAGAAAAUCACGGAGAUCACGAAGGCCAAGAACACCGGCAAUGUGUUCUACUCACCAUUCAGCAUCUCUUCUGCAUUGGCCAUGGUCUCUCUCGGAGCCAGGGGAAAUACUGAAGUCCAAAUUCUUGAGGUGAGUUCACAAUGCACACAGUUCAUUGAGGGUGAUGUCCAUGUUGGCUUCAACAAGCUCUUGGCUGAACUCAACAAAGACGGAGCCCCAUAUGCACUGAGUCUGGCCAAUCGCCUCUAUGGAGAGAAGACCUACAAGUUUGUUGAGAAAUUCCUUGAUGACACUAAGACACUCUACCUUGCCGAGUUGGAGGCUGUUGACUUCAUCUCAAAUGCAGAGGCGGCCCGAGUAAAAAUCAACAAAUGGGUGGAGAAAAAGACACAAGAGAAAAUCAAGGAUCUGUUGGCUAAAGGGGAUGUGGAUGAUGAAACAAGACUUGUGCUGGUAAACGCCCUCUACUUCAAAGGCGACUGGGAGAUGAAGUUCAACAGGGGCAAUACCACUGAAGUACAAUUUAAGAUCAACAAGAAUGAAAGUAAGCCUGUGCAAAUGAUGCAGCAGACAGCUGGGUUCUCCUUAACCUACGUCCCCGAUGUCGACUGCCAGAUUCUGGAACUCCCCUAUGAGGGUAAAGACAUGAGCAUGCUCAUUAUGCUCCCAAACAACAUGGAGGACAACACCACUGGACUGGAGAAGCUGGAGCAGAUGCUCACGUAUGACAAACUUGUGGAGUGGACCAGGCCUGACAUGAUGCACACCGUGGAGGUCAAGGUGGGUCUCCCCAGGUUCAAGCUGGAAGAGACCUAUGAUCUCAAGGAGAUCCUGGUCAGCAUGGGCAUGGUGGAUGCCUUUAGCCCCAAGAAGUGUGACUUCUCCGGCAUGUCGCCCUGCAACAACUUGGUUCUGUCCAAGGUCGUGCAGAAGUCCUUUGUGGAAGUGACCGAGGAGGGCACUGAGGCAGCCGCAGCUACAGCUGUCACAGCUACACUAAUCACUAGCAGUAUGCCUCUGAUACAAAAAAUGUUCAGGGCGGACCACCCCUUCCUCUUCUUCAUCCGACACAACCCCACACAGAGCAUCCUCUUCUAUGGCCGCUACAGCUCCCCUUAAGCUGAGGCUAGAGUGGUAAAGAAGUCUACAUAGAAAGAUGUCUCAGGAAUGUCUGAAGAGAUCCUGUGUCUGACUAACUACCUGUAACCUAAAGUCUUACUAUAAAUUCGAAUUUUUCUUCUCAUUGGAAAAUAGUCUUAUACUGGAUGCUUUAAGAAUGUUACUCUACCUAACUGUAUGAACCUGGGAGAGCCAGUUGUAACACGAGCACUUCUUGCAGCCAAAAACAUUAAAAAAAUCCAUAUGUGGUUAUUGACUUGUUAUACCAUGUCACA